AUGUCCAUCGAGCAAGAAGCAAGUGGAGGGAAAGAUAUCGGUUGUCCCCUGAACGGAUGCGACAUUCCAGUGGAUAUUACUUUCAGAUCGAUCGAUGGAGUGGACCUUGGCUUUCAUACGUCGCACCUCGAGACCUACGCCGAUUCUUUCCCUGCGAGUGACAUGGUCGUUGACGAUGGCGAGCCCGUGCCACUCACAGAGAAAGGAUCAACGCUGCAAUGGCUCUUCCAAAUGAUGCACAAAAGAAAAUAUGACACGCCCGAUCUGAGUAGUGAACGACUGGAAAAGGUCCUGGAGUUAGCUGAGGCAGCGGAGAAGUACCUCGUCUUUCAUGUACUCGAGAUUUGUAGGUUGCAGGCCAAAAUUCGCUGGAGCGAGAGUCCCCUGGCGGUGCUUUGUUACGCGGUAAAGCACGGUUAUCUCGACCUCGCGGAUACAGCCGCUCCUGAAACCGUCACAAUGCCCAUAGCCGAUGUGGAGUGCAUCAUCAGAGAAAAUCAGCGGCUGCACCUUGCUUGGCAUUGUUAUGAACGAGCAUGGCGUGAGGUCGCAGAAUUGGCGGUGACGGCGCCUGAGCCAUACAUCAACGCAAAGAGAAAGAAACACUCCUGCCCUGGACGCGAUUCCUAUUUCACCCAGACUCUAUCCAAUCUUCCUCGCACAGCCGGUGCGACCAUCCAACUCUUGAUCCGACUGCUGGAGUCCAUUGAUACUGCAUAUUUCGGAGGAAUAUGCUCUGAGGGUAUCCCAUCGUCGAAACACGUCGAUGCUCAAAUCUUUGCUGAAUAUCGUGAUCAUUCGCAGCGAAAAGGGCUGCGAAGAUUGAAUUCCGGAGCGGAAGGAGAGCGCUGCGGAUGCGUGGCACCCCAACACACAUACAUAUCGCGUCGCAGUGCGGAUGCCUUCACCCAUCCAAGUCUCGCAGAAACCGAUAUUCCAACAAUCCUUUUUCAAACCAUGGCUGAAUGUCCUGUGAAAGGCUGUUCCCUCCCCAUCGAUCUCACACUCUUGUCAAGCGACGGAGUUAGGAUCGGCGCGCACAAGAGCAAUCUCGAGCUCUACACCGAUGGAUUCCCCACCAGCGACUCGGUGUCAGACUCAGAGGGCCUAGUCGAGCUCACCGAAGAUGGCGAGACCCUGAAGCUGCUGAUGCACUUCUGUCAUAAGCACAAAUACCCGAACGUCACCGGGCUGUCCACUGAUCGACUCUUGAAACUGGCGGAGGCGGCUGAGAAGUACAUCGCGGAAAUUGGGAUCAUCGCGUGUAGCACCGCGUUACGAUACAGGGCUGAGGAGACACCCAUUGAAAUCUUGGCCUAUGCAGCCAAGUACAACCACCCACACAUCGCGGACGUAGCUGCUCCUCUUACUAUUCACCUGCCGGUGAGCAGAGUUGAUGAAGCAGCCGGCUCGCCGAGAAGCCAGUUGACAGCCCUCUGGUUCCGUUACAGGGAAGGAUAUGAGGGUGUGAUUCGCGCCGCAACUGUUUGUCCGGCCAUGAUAUCCUAUAUCCGAACGGGGAAGUUCAACGUGGGGAUUGAGCAUGUCUGCACAACGGGAGCAGGAGAGUAUUUUCCGAAAACGUUGAGCAAGAUUCCACGGGGGAACAAUGAACUCUGCAGGGCGAUCGUCGAUAAUCGACUACCCGGACAAGCUAACUUUGCGGACGAAUACGAACAAGAGCUUCAAGCUUGUGGCAAAUGCAGGGAGCGUGCAAAUACCUGGCACAAUAACGUUAGAUCCGCUCUGGAGAUGGUUCCCAAGUUCAGCUCGCUUAUGGGCUAA